CUACAAGCUACGUGCAAGUGAUACGUAAAUUCUAGAUAGGUUAUUAGAGUACUAUUAAACAUUAAAUAUUUAUCUAGACAUUUGGAUUAAUUAAGUACUUCAUUGCGCAAAUUAAUGAAGGUCCAAAAUGUGGGCGUGUGACCCAGCGUUCACGACUCCGAUCCUGCAGAGCUACAGUGCAGCAGGGCCGCUGUUCGUCCAAGCUCUGCAGGGGUUCUUUGCGGCACAGUGCGCCUUGGCUGGUGACCACUUGUGGCCUGCUGACGCUACUGAAGCUGUACUCCAAGAUCCCAAUUAUGACUUCAUCGUGGUGGGGGCAGGAUCGGCUGGUGCCGUGUUGGCGAACCGUCUCACAGAAGUGGCAGACUGGAAAGUUCUACUCGUGGAGGCGGGUGGAAACCCCUCCUUAGGAACUAUGAUACCACAAGCAUUUUUCAGUAACAUAGGAGGGCCGGAUGAUUGGGGCUACCGGCCAAUCCCUCAAGAAGGAGCCUGUCGGUCCUACGCCACGAAGAGCUGCGCCUGGCCCCGAGGCAAGACCCUCGGCGGCUGCAGCGCCAUCAACGGCAUGUACUACGUUAGGGGAAACAGGCUCGACUACGACGAGUGGGCCGCCGCCGGCAACCACGGCUGGAGCUACGACGAAGUCCUCCCCUAUUUCAAGAAAAGUGAAAACUUCACUGGAACCCUCAACGAAGACACAACCCCGUACCAUGGCACUGGAGGAUACCUAAGCGUAGAAGACACUAAAAAUGUCCAUGACAUUGAAAAACUACUUAUACAAGCUGCUACGGAAAUUGGCAUUGAAGCGCUGUAUGACGUAAGCGGUAAGAACCAAAUGGGCAUCACCCGAACAUUCACCACAACCAAAAAUGGAGUCAGGCACAGCACAGCAUCCGCAUUUCUAAGCCCAAUAAAACAACGCAAGAAUCUACACGUCAUCAAAAAUACGAUGGCUACGAAAAUUUUGUUUAAACCGAACACCCGGGAUGUGGAAAGUAUAGUUUUGAAUAAGAAUGGUAGAGAUGUUGUAGUAAAAGCGAAAAAAGAAAUAAUAAUAUCAGCUGGUGCUAUUAACUCACCCCAGUUGUUAAUGUUGUCUGGUAUAGGGCCUCGAAAACAUUUAGAAGACUUAAAUAUCGAUGUUAAACUGGAUUUACCUGUAGGUGAAAACUUACAAGAUCACGUGUAUAUUCCCACCUACUUCACCAUGCCCGGCGAUAAAGAUACCCUUGGACUACUUCAAAUUACAGGAGCGUUUGCAGAAUUCAUCACGCAAAACACAGGAAUACUCUCGGAUACCAGUCCUCAUAAAGUGAUUUCUUUCUACAAUACCACGGAUCCCAAGGCCAGCAGUCCAGAUGUACAAUUUCAUCACGUAUUGGUGCCUCCAAACUCUUAUAACCUUUUGGACAUUUAUAGUGUUCACGGUAUGAAUGAUGACUUAAUAAAAAAGUUCCGCGAAGUAAAUGAGAACAAUCAUAUACUUCUAAUGGUCUUAGUUUUGUUGAGACCAAAGUCUAAAGGACGCAUUAUCCUCAAGAGCACCGAUCCUCAUGACUAUCCAUUGAUUUAUGCCAACUACUUCCAAGAGCAAGAUGACGUCUUAACUAUAAUUAGGGGUUUCAAACAAUACUCAUUAAAAAUGGGAGAUACGAAUACAUUUAAGCAUAUUGGGCUAAAGCAACAAUGGAUCGAAAUAGAAGCUUGCAAAAAGUUCGAGACAGAUUCAGACGACUUUAUAGAAUGUGUUGCAAGAGAAACUACAUUUUCCCUUUAUCAUCCCGUUGGAACUGUCAAAAUGGGACCGGAUGGGGAUGCCAGUUCAGUAGUCGACCCGGAGUUAAAGGUUAAACAUGUAACAGGUCUAAGAGUGGUGGAUGCCAGUAUCAUGCCAGAUAUCACGCGAGGUAAUACAAACGCUCCAACAAUCAUGAUUGCUGAGAAAGCAGCUGAUAUGAUAAAAGCAUUUUGGUCUAAAGGGCAUACGGAAUUAUAAAAGAAAAGAACAAAUAGCACAAUUAAAUAGUGUAAAUAUGGUAGAUGGUGUGGUGAAAACGGUAGGUAUAGGAUAGGCAAAGAGGAUCGAGUAUUAUAAAGAGUUACUACUGUCGAAGUAAAAUGUGUA